UGCGGAAAGAAUCUUAGUCCGUCUACAGUGAUGGAAUAAAAAAAACCGGAAACGUCACUCAAGAGAAAACGUCAAAUAACGUGAAUAUUUUUUCAUCCUGUCUUACCUUUAUUUUCUUAUAUAUGAUCUAUUAAUUAGGUUCUAUAAUGCUCAAGUUGCGAUGAUCUCAGUGGUUUAGUUAACUAGUGCUCGAGAGUAGUGACUCACAGGAUGUCGGACGACACGAACGAAGUAUCGAAAGUGGAGAGCAGCGGCGGGGCGGAGGAGGCUCGGCGCGGCUUGGAGGAAGAGUUUAAUGUCCAGCGCGCCCGAAUGAAAGAACUUUUCUUGCAGAAGGAAGAGGAGCUCCGGGCCCAGCAACUGGAACGUGAACAGCUGCAGUCGGAGGUGCUCGGGCUCCGCGAGGAGCUGGCCCAGCUGCAGACAUUGGCGGAGAACCAGAAGUCCCAUAUCCUCAACCUGGACUUGAUUGUCAAUGAGACGGUGUCGGCGUCUUCAGCAGUGACAGAAGAGGCGCGGCAGCUGCGCGUGCGGUGCGCUGAACUUGAGCACCAGCUGCGGUUGCAACAGCUACAACAACAGCAACAGGACGUGAGCAUCGCGCCCGCCACGCUGGUGCGCUCGCUGGCGCGCCGCCUCGUCGACCAGGAGGAACAGCCUAAGAAGCCCACGGAAGAUGGCGACCUGCAGCGCUACGAGACGGAGAUCAGCCAGCUCAAGAAUAAGUUACGAGAGACAGACGCACAACUACAGGAAGCACUUAGGAGUAAAACAAACCAUCCCACGCCCGCACACGCGAGUGGAGACACGAGGACAGACCCAGACGGCGGGCGCGCUUGUGACAUGUGUGCUAACUAUGAGAAGCAGCUGGUGCACGAGCAGCGCGAGGCCGCUACGGCUAAAGACCGCGCCGCCAUGCUGGAACACGCUCUCAAAUUGGCAACCGAGGAACUCGAAGGCGCCCGCUCCAUCCACGACGAGACCAUUCGCUCGUGGCACACCGAACGGAGCUCCAGCACAGCCCUACUUGAGGAGCUAAAGAAGGCUGUAGAGUCCUCUAAGACAGCGUUAGAAGCCCGUGCCGUCGCGGCCAAACAAGCCUCAGAGAGGGCCUUAGAACAAGUCACUAAUUUGACUGUGGAGAGAGAAGAGUUACAGAGGAAACUGGACAGUCUUGAGCGCGACAACGCCAUGCUGGUGGGGCGCUUCACGAAGCGGGCCGAGGAGAUGCAGAACGAGUUCAUCGACCUGCCCGACAGCGUCGACGAGCUGCAACUGUACAGCCUUGAACUGCGCGAGAAGCUGAUCUGCGUGCAGAUCGGAAGAGAGGAGGCACUUACGGCCGAGCGCGAUCUACGAGCACAACUGCUGGAGCAGAGCCAGCAGUUCCACCGGCAGGAGGAUGAGCUGCAGGAGACCAGGAGUGCUCUGCGGCACACCAGAGAGGAGUUGGACCGGCUGGCGACUGAGCGCGAGCAGCUUCAGGAGUUAGGAGGGAAACUGCGGACGUCAAACGACCAAAUCGCGGCGUUGCUAGAUGAUAAGAAACGCCUACUGGAUGAGCGUACCGAAUUAAAAGGACGCGUGGCGGCACUUCAACAAGACUUAGACAACAGCGAGAAAGUGCAGCAGGACUUCGUGCGCCUCUCACAGUCACUACAGGUGCAAUUGCAACGCAUCCGCGAGGCGGACACGGAGGUGCGGUGGCAGCACGACGAGGACGUCUCCGAGUGCCCCUCGUGCCACGUGCAGUUGCCCAAUAGCAAGAAAAAGGUGCACUGUCGGCACUGCGGGCGCAUCUACUGCGCGUCGUGCGCCGCGCACGCCGUGCCCGCCGGCCCGCGCCGUGCGCCCGCGCGCGUGUGCGCCGUGUGCCGCACGCUGCUGCAGCCCGACACCGCGCCCUACUUCAGCCAGGCCCCUCCAAGGGAGCCCGACUAAUUACUAAUCGGUAGAUACGACCUAACUUAAACUAUAGCCGGAUUAUCCUAACUAAUACUGGUUCCCGCGUUACCUAAACAAUAUAGUAGCAAAACUUCCAGAAUGGCCUAAAAGUGGCUUUUAUUGCCUCCAUCCUGAUCCUAGCUUCCUGUGCCGGAAAUACUAAAUGAUGCGCUUUCGCGCUGUAUUAUGGCUGUACACGCAUCUCAUUCCGGUAUGGCAUCAUAUUUUGGGGAAGGGAGGAAAAUUUCCAAUCUCCUUUGGAACAAAAUCUCCUACGUACAAUUGGAAGUUGACCCGGCUUGGCUGAUGUCUGGAUGCUGUUGCUGCUACAUCUAAUAAACUAACUUUAGUUUCAAACGAUGCUCCCAUGAAAGUUUCGCUAAAUUGCUAUCGCUCAACUCUAACACCAAAAGUACUACUGUAAUCCAGCUUCUACGACGAUCCGUUUUGAUCGUGUUUAUACUAAACAAUAUUACAAACAAAACCAGUUACUAUACAAAAAAGAAAAUUAGGUUUCAGCACUUAAAUGAUAUAUAUUCCAUUAUUCCUUGGUUAAUUAGCCUCAUGCAUGAAGUUUAUAUUUGAACGAAAUAUGUUUUAUUCGGGUGUUUGUUACCGUUAUAUCAUGUUACAAAUGCAUUUCCGUUUUUAAAUUACCAUUUAAUUACUUAAAAUUAUAAAUAAAAAGUACAAAAAUUUGCCCGCGAAAAGCUAGUGAGCGAAACGCUCGAAACGCCACGUGACGUCACGCGUUCGACAGAUUAGUGUCAUUAGUAGCAAACGUCAGUUGGGCCGCCCAACGUGUGACGUCAUCACGCUCUGUCGAAUUCGCGCCAAAAAUUAUGAGCGUUUCAACCGCUCAAAAAUUUUCAACAUUUUAAAUAUUUUUUAAUAAAAUAAUGUUAAGGUUUACAAAAGUAUUUUUAUCAUUUCCGGUGUUCCAACGAUAUCAAUUAUGAAUCCAAAAAUAAAAAUAAAUUCAUGCAUGGAGCUAAUUCAACUCUGGUUCUUUUCCUCAGUUACACAGAAAUAAUACCCAAACUAAACUGUAUUAAAUAAAUUACCUACCUUAUGUAUCAUAAACGAUAUACCUGCCUAAAAGUUGUAAAUAUUGUACUAUAGACGAAUAAAAUUCUCUAACUAGCAAACAGGUAAUUACUUCUAGUUUAUGGUUGACAGAUUUAUAUAUUUAAUUUUCUACCUUAACCUAAACAAAUUAAAGUUUUUCAAUGAUUCACGGUUAGUUUCACUAGACUUAUAUUGACCGGGAUAUAGACCGUGAUUACCUUUUGUAUUAUUUGUGAGCUCCCGAUAUUACACACAAAUAAUACAAAAGGUAAUCACGGUCUAUAUCCCGGUCAAUAUAAGUCUACUAAACAAAUUAAGUUGAUAUUUUAACACACGCCGCUCAAUUUGCUUGUAAUAUGGACUUUAUAAUUACUGUGUUAAGGUAGAAAAUCAAAUAACAGAAGGUCGAUGUCAUCUCUUUCUCUUGUCUUCUGUAAUAUUUGAAUCAUGUUGAUAGAUUAAUGGUCUUAUAAAGAAUUCUAGACUGUAAAUAAAAUAAGAUCUAUAGUAUAUUAGUAUCGUAUUUGGGUAUUUUUGUUGUUUAUAUGUGUUGCGUCAAUGAAAUUGUACAUUUGAGUAUAUAAAUGUUAACAUUGUAUUUAUUUAAGUCAUAGCCAUUCUGGCUGUCAUGUUUGUCUAUAAAGAAUCCUACAGACAGCAUGAGAAGUAACUAAGCGGACAAGGAGUUUAAAAUUAUCUGCAAAUGCUUUUAUUCUCUUAACCUUUCUUAUGUAGUGGUCAAAACUCGUGGGUUCAAACAACUUCAAACCGCGGUUGUGUUGUAUUAAAUAUAGAGCAAAAAGAAUCAUUAUCUAAAAGAAAGUAAAAUACGAAGGGUUCCGUACCAUUACGCAAUAAACGGCAAAAAAAAAUCACGUUCAAUCAGUCACUUUCGACAUCAUUGUUAUAGUUAACGCUAUCUCUACUGAGCUCGUUCACUUACGUACUAACAAUGGCAUUAUGUUAAACAAAAGCCAUUAUGUCUUUUGUGCCUGAGCGCGUGGCCUAUGUGCCUGAGGCUCCCACACAAUAGCCACGCGAUCAGGCACAAAGGCCACGCGCUCAGGCACAAAAGAAAUAAUGGCUUUUGUUUAACAGAAUGCCAUUGUCAGUACAGGUAAGUGAACGAGCUCAGUAGAUAGACCGCAUACUAUACAGUGCCUUACAUCUUGGGGAUGUCAACAGUUUUUUGUUGAUUUUAAUUCUUUUUAGCUAAGCAGGUGAUGAAUCCUAAAUAGUCCUUAAUUAUGUAACGUGUAAUAAAGAUAAGACACAGAUAAGGCGGCGGAGAUACAGAUGAAGUACUUAUUUUAUUCAUAUCUGUCAUCUGUCCCAGUAAUCACAGAUGAUGGGAAAAAAACUAUAACAGAUGCUCCACAUAUAAACUAUAACUUUAACACGUGCUUGACCCUUUAAGGCCCACUUGCACCAUCCCACUAACCCGGGAUUAAGCGGUUAAACCGGGGUUAAGUGUUAAAAAAUGUACUGGUAACUCCAAGUUUAACCAGUUAACCCGGGUUAAUGGAAUGGUGCAAGGGGGCCUAACCGAUUUGAAUACACCACUUUUUAACUUUGUAUUACAAUAUUUACAAUGCACCAGUGUGUGCAGAUAAUUUUGCUCACCGCGUCCGCUUAGCUACUUCUGCUACUAGCAUUCUUUGUCUGGCUAAUGUCACAUUGUAUAUUUUAAACAAUGUCAAAAAAAAACGAACAUGUGUGAGUGGGUAAUCUAUACUACGUCGGUGGCAAACAAGCGUCGGCCUGCCUGAUAGUAAGCAGUCUUCGUAGCCUAUGGACGCCUACAACUCCAGAGGUGUUACAUGCGCGUUGCCGACCCUAACACUCCGCACCCUCGUUGAGCUCUGGCAAGCUUACUUACCGGCAGGAACACAACACUAUGAGUAGGGUCUAGUGUUAUUUGGCUGCGGUUUUCUGUAAGGUGGAGGUACUGGGUUCUGCUCUAGAUCUGGAAUGAGGGCUAACGCGUAUGAUUUCGCCGCUAGGGGCGCUAGUGUAGAUGGUGGUCUUUUCCAUAGUUCGAAAUGUCACUUGUCACUUCAAUGACUGACAGCUGU